ACAAAUUCCGGUUUGGUUUCGAUCUCCACUCUCGCGAGACUUCGUUUACUGCUGCGUUGUCCACCAGAAAACACCGUGAGACGUUUAACAGUGGAGGAGUAACUCAGCCAAGCCCUUCUUCAUAAUCUGUCUCUGCUGGACGAGCAAAACUCCACACAAAGGCAUCUAGAAUCAGGAUUGUAGCUACACACUGAAGUUUAAGAACUUCACCUGAAUCAUGGGGAACAUUUUCGGGAAUUUGCUGAAGAGCCUCAUAGGGAAGAAGGAGAUGAGGAUCUUGAUGGUGGGCCUCGAUGCCGCAGGGAAAACGACAAUCCUCUACAAGCUCAAACUGGGGGAAAUAGUCACUACAAUCCCAACCAUUGGGUUUAACGUGGAGACGGUAGAGUACAAGAACAUCAGCUUCACUGUGUGGGAUGUAGGUGGGCAGGACAAGAUCCGGCCCCUCUGGAGACACUACUUUCAAAACACACAGGGUCUGAUCUUUGUGGUGGACAGUAAUGACAGAGAGCGUGUGAACGAGGCACGGGAGGAGCUGAUGAGGAUGCUGGCUGAGGACGAACUGAGAGAUGCAGUCCUCCUUGUGUUUGCCAAUAAACAGGACUUACCAAACGCCAUGAAUGCUGCCGAGAUCACGGACAAGUUGGGCUUACACUCUCUGCGCCACCGUAACUGGUACAUCCAGGCCACCUGCGCCACCAGCGGUGACGGCCUCUAUGAGGGUCUUGAUUGGCUGGCCAAUCAACUCAAGAACAAGAAAUAAGAAGAAAACUAAAAAGCAGCCAGAAGCCACACCCGUCCAACUUUUUAUUUGUUUUGGGACAUGGCUUGUGCGAGGGUUUUGAUUGAUGGGUGAAAUGCAAGAUUCUGGGUUUGGGGGAGAUUUUAGGCUUUCAUGUUCAGUCUGUUGAGGUUCCUAAUAGUUUUCAGCGCUUAUUGAAAACAGAUUCUCAUGUUCUUCAUAUUUAAUCACUCACACACACACACACACACACACACACACACACACACACACACACACACACACACACAAAUGCACACUAACCCUAAGCCAUCACAGCAGACACUUGCUUUUCCUGUGUCCACCUUUUGUCCUUAGGUGCAAUGUACUGUAUGUUAGUCUCUAGGUGCUGUACCAAGUCGUGUGACUGAGUCAGCAAUGAGUCAAAUAUGACUUUUUGUUGAUGUACGUCUUUCAACUGUCAGUCGUCCAUGCAAAGAACUGUUCUGUGCCAGCUGCACUUCCUGUUUGUUUGUUUGUUUGUUUGUUUGUUUGUUUGUUUGUUUUUUAACAGAGCCAUGUUUGAGAACAAUCACAAAUGGCAGAUUCAAGUCACCACAAUUCACUUUAAUGGUUUGUUCUCUCUUUUUAAUUGGUGAGCAAUGCUGAGGCACUUUGAUACUCAGAUAGAGUGUGUACGUGUGUGUGUGUGUGUGUGUGUGUGUGUGUGUGUGUGUGUGUUUGUGCAAGUGGCCUAUUCAGUGUUAAACGCAAACAACUCUCUGAAACAGAAAAAGACAACAGGACUGGAGCUUCCUCCUCCACGCGUCCUCUUACUGCCUCAUUUUGGAAAUCUUUUGAUAUCUGUGGCGUGUUUCUACUCCCCGUGUGGCAACCUGGAGCGUCAAAGCCGCCCUUUUUAAAUAUUUUAAAAUGCUCUACACGUCCUUGACUGCCUGAACUGCAUGCAUCCUGGUAGAUCUCGCUGACAUUGUUGCGCACUCUUCCAUCCUCUGAGCUGCAUGGAUGUUGACGCUGUUUAUAGGUUUUCUGUAACUCAUCGUGUUCUGGUGCUGUUUAACAGUAUAGGAUGCAGAAACUAACCAAACCACCAACUUCUGCAUUAGUUGUCAUGCUCUAAAUACAGUAUAGUCAGCUUAAUGGUCUUCUAAUGUGAAAGCAGUAUUUAGGUUAACCUGCACAUAAACACGACACACAUGAUCCGCGCAGCUGCUGCUUGUCUGCAUUCAUGUGUGUCCAUAUGAGUAUUCAAACUGCGUCAGGUUGCUCUCGCUUUGUGUGUGUUUUUUGUCUCAGACUUGCAUAUCGGGGGGUUGAUUCUGUUGCUGAUGAGUCUGUGUUACCGAAUGUGAAUAUUGUUGAUGAAUCUAUAUAUGGCUGUAAUGAUAUUUAUUUGACAUGCAUAUUCCUUUAUUUCAGUGAUAAGUGUGUCGGCAUAAUUAUGUGAAAGAAAGCAGGGUAAGCGGAUCAAUUCAUUCACUUCUGAACAGCAGACGAGUUACUGCGUCACCACUGAUACCAGCAGAAUCCACAGACUUCUGUCAGAAAAUGUAUUUCUCUGUGCCAUACAUGGGUACUACUACUCAUAUACCAGUGACAGUACAACAUACUGUAAGUCCACUCUACUUAGUUAUGAGUGCAUUGUUCAUAUUCCACAUCUAUCAUACGUUAAAUCAUGAGUUUGAUCAUUUGGGUUUUGUGGCCUUAUAUUUAGUGGUGACUUCAAACUGAUUUCCUCUCGGCUUGUGCGUUUCUGAUUUUAAGUCACAUAUAUUUAUCUAUAAAGAAUGAUUUACAGAUUUAUUUCUCUAUGCCCUCAAAAGGCGGGUUUUGCACCACAGUUCAGGAUGAUCAGGCAAAGGUUUUGUCUUCUGUUUUACCAGUAUACUUGAUUCAUAUUUAGUGGUAGGUUUAUUUUGGUUUUCUUUGGGGUGUAAAGAAACUUUGAUGUAGACUGUGUCUGUGAAACAAUGAUAAUCCGUGCAAACAAAACAAAAAAAAAAGAAAGAAAAAUACUUCUGAUGAUUCAUUCUGUACCGUUAUAGUUACACAAGUAGAUUUAAAAACGGUGAAGACCAUGUUUCAAUGCUGAAUGCAAGGAAACAUCUGUAUGUGAUGUAAGACAACAAACAAAAAUCCUGCUGUAUUACAAAUAAACUCAUUUUCUGUA